AUGGUAUGUCUAGAUGUUCAAACAAGAUGGAAUUCUACGUACUUAAUGUUGAACUCCGCUGAGAAAUAUGAAAAAGCUUUUGCCCUACUUGAGGAGGAUGAUGGUAAGCAUUUUGUUGCUCCUAGAUCUAUUGAGUGGGAAACUGCUAGGCUAUUUGUGAGGUUUUUGAAAUCUUUUUAUGAUGCCACAUUGAAGUUUUCUAGUUCAAAAAAUGUUACAUCCAACUCAUAUUUCAUUCAACUUUGUAUUAUUCAAAAUACUUUGAAUGAUGGUAUUUGUAGUAAUAAUCCUAUCCUUAGUUCAGUGAGCUUUGAUAUGAAAACAAAGUAUGAUAAGUAUUGGGAGAUUGUGGAGAGGAUUAACUUAUUGUUGUAUGUGGCAUUUGUUCUUGACCCACGUUACAAGAUGAAGGGGUUAGUAUUUUGGUUGAGAAGAUGCAAUGAAGCUGAUUCGGCGAAAUUUAUCGAGGGGAGUGUGGACGCCCUCUUGAACCGUUUGUGGGAUCAAUACAAUUUGUUUCAUGCGGAGGAUGGGUUAUCUAACUCUGAUGUAGGUAUACAAAGUUCAAUUCCUACUUUUUCAAAUGUUGAAGAUGAAGACUUGGAGGAUCAAGAUGUGAAAUAUUUGAAGGUGUUCUCCCAACACCUAGAAGAGACCGACUUGGAGUGUAAGUCGGAGGCGGAACGAUAUUUGUCUGAUCGGUGUGAAGCAACAACCCAAGAUUUUAAUAUUUUACUUUGGUGGAAGGUUAAUGCACCCAAAUAUCCUAUUCUCGCAGAGGUAGCCUGUGAUGUAUUAGUUAUUCCUAUUUCCACUGUUGAAUCUGAGUUUGCCUUCAGCAAUGGAGGACAUAUAUUAGAUUCAUUUAGGAGUUCAUUAUCUCCACUUACAGUUGAGGCCUUGAUUUGCAUACAAGACUGGUUAAAGAGCUGCCCAAAUAACAUUGAGGAGCUGCAGAAGUUUAUGGGAAUGGAAAGCUAUGAUGAGCCUGGAUAUAGCUAG